GUCACCUUGUCACUGCCUUGCUGUACAAAAUUGUAAAUUAUGAUAUUGUGCUAAAACAAUAUGUUUAGAUAAAUCAAUUUAAUUCAAAUUAAUAUUUUGACCGAAUUUGAAAUUGAUAUUAGUAUCAAGGUAAUGUAUGUGACAAGAUGUCUGACGAAGAAAGUGUAGAUAUUAAGCAAGAGUUGCUGGAUCUAUUAACAAAUGUUCAACCAAAUCUUCAAGAUGUUAUCAAACGGAGCUUUACAAAUGUUAUACUGCAACAGAAUAAAAAUGGUGAACAAAUCAAACCUGAUGUUUUGGAGGAUACAUCUUAUUUUGCGAAAAAUACCCAAGUUAAUUUAACAAGAUUGGAACUACUCAGGACACCGACAUUCCACCUGCAGACAGUGUCUCUAGAUCUCAAAUCAAUGGCGCUAAGUCUGAGAUGUUCACUGGGCGAGGUCAGUGUGAAAGGCCUAUACUCUGCAUUUAAUGAGAAUCUAUAUAACUUAAUACCUGUAAUGUCAGAGGGACAUGUGUUAAUAUCAUUAUCAAAUAUGACAGCGGAUGUGAAUGUGGGUCUAGUUAUGGAAGAUGAUGUGUUUACGUUUAUCAAUCCGGGAAUUGAUUUUGUACAUGAUGAAGUUAUAGUCAAGCUGUCAUGGCCGUCACCUCAGAGAAAUGGUGGAUAUGAAUUUACAACAACAGAACAAUUAGCUAAGCACAUAGACGAUCUCCCGCUGACUGCUGCGUUGUCACUACCUCUGUACGCGUUGCUGCGACAUCGCCUUCAGCGUCACCUCACGCUGGUGCUGCGUCAAGCCACCAGCGUCUCCGACCUGCUCUACUCCAACCCCAGCCUGCUGGAAGUCUACAGGUCAAUGGCAGCAGAUUUGUCACACGAAGGGAACCGAGUGGUGGACAUGGUGCUGAUCAACAUGCGGCGCACUCUGCUGCAGACACGCCGAGAGGUACUCGAGUUGCCACCCCUACAUGCCACCUUUAUGCACAAGAUAGGAUCAAUAUCGUUCGUUGGCAAGUUCGAGACGGAGGCGGGCUGGGUGAAGAACCUCGCCACCAUCAACAGGGUCAGCGACGUCAGCGUCUCUCACCACACCGAUAACAGGACCAGCUUCAGCGUCACGCUCAAGAUAAAAGACCUGCAGAUAGGAUACGAGGGAUACCGCAUGCGUGCGAUGGGCGUGUCGUGUUCGGGGCGUGUUGCGGCCGCCAUCGCUAACUGCGCGCUGCAUCUGCGGCUCUCCGCCGGACGCGCGCACAACGAGCCGUACGCACAGCUUGACUGUCUGCGUCUAGACCAUCUGCAGUCAAUGGAUAUGCACGUAACUGGUCUAGGUCCUCUGAGCGGUGCAGCUGGUCUGGUGCGGACGUGGGCGCGAGGUGCCAGCGUCGCCCACGCGGCGCCCGCCAUCACCGCGCAGCUCACACACGAGCUGCACACCGCGCUCACAGAACUGCCGCUGUGGGAUCUGAUGCACGCACACCAGUAUACAUCACCCACAUAACUCGCCCACGCCCACACAUGCGUAGCUUACGCCCACACGCCCACAUUGUGUAACACAGCAAGCAGUACACAUCUCUCACAUAACCUACGAGGCCCACUAUCUUCACGAAGCCCACGCUUAGCGUGAUGUAUGCCCAGCAAUAUACGUCGCCCACCUGAGUUGCCCACUAUGCGUGUAUCCCACGCUUUCCCAACUUGACGCAUAGCACGCAAUUCACAUCGCCCAUAAAACCACUUGGUUGAUCGCACAUUUUUUUGUUUUAAAAGUUAAAAGUUUUAGAUUUGCUCAAACCAUUUUGUCCAUAUUUAUUUGUUUUUAUUGAUUUUUUAAAUUAUAUUGUUCAAGACUAUUUUAUACAAUUUUAUUAUUAAGAUAACAAAUAUUCUAAAAUUAGACAUUUAAUUAGUAGAUUAUAAAAACUGUAUUAGACUCAAGCUAUUUUUAUUGUAAAAUUCAAUUAUUGUUGUGCAUGAAACUUGACUUCUUGGUUGCUGAGACCAAUGUUCCUGCAAUUUUGAAUUAUUUAAUUUAAAAAUUAAUUUUGUUUGUUAAGUAUUUAAUGACAUUCUUAGUGCAUUACAAAAAAAAACUGUCUAAAAACCUAUCCAUCCAGAUCUCACAUUUUCAUGCUUAGUUUUAAAGAUAUUUAAAGGUAAUUUUUCAUGUCACUUCAUUUUAUACUUAUAUUAUUAUUAUACUAAUUUUUUUCAGCUUUUUUCUACUAUGUUUAUAUUCUACUUGUCUACCUUUAUAUAUAUGUUGAUCGUUGAAUUCAGCCGCGACACUUUUAGACAUAUGUUGUCUCUGUUUUUUUCAAAGAGAAUGUAAGGGAUGGCAUUAUCUGUCAACUCAAAUGCUUCAAAUCAAACCCAUAACACAGAGGAGUGUAAGAUGACGUGUUACCUUAGUUAUAGGAAUGUAAAGAGCAAUAAAAUUAUUUUAGUAUAUUUAUAUAAAUAAUUAAAUUAUUAAAAAUGCUGACACUCACAUAUGAGCUAUAUAUAUUUAUACUGAAAUUGUGACGUCACCGUCAGAUUACAAACAUCGACAGUUUAUUAAUUAGCUUUGGCUGACAUUUAAAAGGGCAAUAUUUUUUUUUACAUAGUCAAAAGUAAUUUACAUUUUAUAUGGCGUGUCCGUUAUCAUCUUUAAAAAUACCGUAUUAAAAAAAUAAUUAUUAAAUAUGUUGUAUAGAUAUUUAAUCUUAAUACUUUUUUAAUCACAAUUUUAACAUUUACGCUGAAUUAUUUAUGCCUACAAAUCGCAAUUAAUAAAAACUUUUUGAUUGUGUUAAAAAUGAAAUUGGUUGUUGAUUUUAUAGCGGUUGUGAGAGCUUGGAUAUUUGAGACUGUUGUAAAUUGUGUUUUUAUUAUACAAGUUGUUUAUUAAAAUUAUUCUUU